UCAAAUUGUUCCAAGAGUGAAGAUACAUCCUAAAAAAGUCAAAUUGAUGAUUUGAGCAAGAGACAGGAAAUACUAUUCCCGAUUUAGGUAUACCAGGAGUAAACAGAUUGGUAUGGAAACGCAGACGGAAAGACCAAAAUUAUCAUUUUCCAUUGAAAAUCUCAUUGAAAGAAAAGAUUACAAAAAUGAAACUAGUAAAGAUGCUCAAAUUGUCUCUAGAAAUGUUGAUAAAGACGAUUUUAUAGUGUGGGAGAAGAACACACCAGUUUACAAUGGAAAAGAUAGCAAUCAGACAGAUAAAACCUUGCCGUCAAAAAAUUCUUCACCUCAUUCGUACAACAACUGGUUAAUAAGUCACGAUACAGCAAAGAAAGAAAUUGUUUCCCAGCCUUUCGAUAAUUAUUAUGGCAUUCAAACAUUGGUGCAUCCAGCUUUUACCAUGGGAAGAAUGCCUAACGAGGAAUACCAAGCGUACCUUUUAAGAUACUAUUCACUUCUACCGACAAACACUUUAACAUCUUUUGGCAAAUAUUUAGACCUGAAGAAUCCAACUUUAAAGAGGUUUCCAAAUACUACCAAAUCAAACCGUUUGGAUCUACAAGACAAGGUACAGAGAAAUCCUUCCGAUGAGAAAAUAUCACAAGUUAGAGACAUUAAUGACAACACAAAAGAAAACCCUCUCUCUGACUUUAUAAAAAAUGAGAAAGAAUCGACAAAGGAAAUAGAUGAUCCCAUUAAAGUUCUGCAAAGUAAAGGAAAGAAGGUUGUCUCAAAGACACAGAAAACUUUUACAUGUCCUGAAUGUGGUAAAAUCUUCAAUGCACACUACAAUUUGACAAGGCACAUGCCCGUACAUACUGGAGCCCGACCAUUUAUUUGUAAGAUUUGUGGGAAAGGUUUCCGACAGGCGAGUACAUUGUGUAGACACAAGAUCAUACAUACAUCUGAUAAACCACACAAGUGCGGCAAGUGCGGGAAAGCUUUUAACAGGAGUUCGACACUUAACACACAUAUGCGCAUACACCUGAACUACAAACCAUACGUGUGUGAAUUUUGUGGGAAAGGCUUUCACCAGAAAGGAAACUACAAGAACCAUAAACUAACUCACAGUACUGAGAAACAAUAUAAAUGUAAUAUUUGUAACAAAGCCUUCCAUCAAGUGUACAAUUUAACAUUCCACAUGCAUACACAUAAUGACAAAAAGCCGUAUACAUGUCAUAUGUGCGGUAAAGGGUUUUGCAGAAAUUUUGACCUCAAGAAGCAUACACGAAAACUUCACAAUGGGAGUAACUUGCCAUCAUCGUCAUCAUCAGCGUCGUAUUCAAUCGACAGCGCCUCUUACUCCAGACCAACAAAUGUUUUAUCUCAGCCCUCGAUGCCUUCACAUCAAAGUGCUUUCCUGUCGACCAGACCAAGCGCAUACGGUAAUCCGUCUUUAAUAUAUCAUCGUAAUCUGCUUUCUCAGUACAUGUUGGGACAACCAGGAGCUGCAUACCUGCAGAAAUUUAACUGUUUUGUGUGAGAUUUUGAUCGAAGGUAAAUUUUGUUUAUUUUCAUUCAACUUGUGAUAAACAAUUAUAGUAUACCACUGAACAUUGUAUUAGAAGGAGAAACGUGCAAUACAGUAUGUACAAACAAUUGUCUAUAUUUGUAUUAUUUCCUUUUUUAACUUUUAAACUUUUCACAAAUUUUUAGUAGGACGGCACAGUGAAUUUUAAUUAUAAUAGACAUUUAUGACUUUAAUAGUCAAUCCCUUUUUUUCUGUUUUAUUUAUCGUUUACAUUUUGGUGCAAAAAGGUGCAGUCUUCUGCAAGUCAAUUUUUAUUAUUAUUUCCAGGAUCAUAGUGCUUUUUCAUGUACAAUUAUUUGACACAUAACCAUAGAAAAUGCUUUUAUUGAGAAAGUGCUAUAUAUUGUAGUGUUUAU